AUGGGUGGUGUAUUGAAUCGAUCAUCAAUUGAAGACAAUGAAACAUACUUUAGAAGACGAAAAGAUAAACGAAUACAACAAUAUCAAAAUGUAGAUGUAUCGUUUGAGUCUGAUUAUGAAAAUAAUGAUCGAAAUGUUGACUUAGGUAAAACAUAUGAUUUAUGGGAUAAGAUAUUUGCUGAACAACAAAUGACGAAAAUAGAUGAUCGCACUGAUGAAUCCAAUACUUAUUCGUCUUAUAACUCAAUUACUCAAAAUGAUGCAAGAAAUCAAACACGGCAACUUCCUCAUGAUGUCAAUAAUUCACUUUAUUCAAUAAAGUCACAUCGAAUGCCACCAUUACAUAAUGCUCCAUACGAUCCUAAUGAAUAUGUUCAUGUUCAAGUUCCUGAUAUGAUUAACGAUCAAUCGCAAACCGUUAUGUUUGACGAACGUUUAUCAAAAAAAGAACGAUUCUCUUCUUCAUCUCGACAACAACAACAAAAAGCAUCGGCUUUUAAACCUUUAACUAAUACUCAAUCUUUGUAUGAAUCAAGUGUUACAGCUAAUGAUAUGUCAGUAACAAGAAAAUCUGUGCCAUUAUCAAAUCGAUCAUCAGUCCCUCGAUCAUUAACAGCUGUGCCUAAUAAAUCAUCAGCACAAGCACCUGUAAAAAAAGCUAUUUAUCUAACCAUAGAUUAUACAGCAACAUUAGCAGAGCGUAGUCAAACAGUUGCUAAUGAAAGUCAUCAUAAACAUGGUGAACGGCAUCAUUCGGAUGGAUCCCGUUCGUCUAAAAAUAAUCAUCGAAUACGUUCUCAUACAAAUCAUCAACAUAAACACCAAAACUCAACUGAUUCAUCUAAUUAUCAUAUUGAAAUCACAUCGAGUAAAUCAUUCGAUUCUUUACAAGCAAAAUCAUCUGGUUCGCAACAAACACUACUAAAAUCUAUAUCAAUAAAUAAAUUAGCACAAAAUAUCGAAAAAGUACCAUUCAGUAAUAAUGAUACAAAACAAUCCAAAUCUAGAAGCAAUCAUCGACAACAACCAUUGCUUAAUAAUCAGGUAAAACCGUCGAAAAGUCGAGAAAAUCAUCAACAACAUAAGCGACAACAUCUUCCACCUCUUCCGAAUGGAUCAUCUCUCUCUAUCGAUUCUUCAAUACGCCGAACCGAUACUAAACAUUCAAGUUCACAGAUGAUGGGAAUUCCUUCAUCUCAAAAUAAUCACCAACAUCAGACAAAAUCUGUCAUAACACCAGUAAUGACUACUAGAGCAAAUGCUUCUAGGGCAAAAGUAUAA